AUGAAUUCAGAUGGUAUCAACACAAAGUUGGUCAACAUUGAAUUAUAUGAGAAAAAAUAUUCUCAAGAAACGAGCAACAAGAAAGUGUCAUUAUCUCCAACAUCAGAAAUCAAUCUUUUCUGUAAGAUAAUGACGAAAAAGGCUGGAUAUCAAAUAAAAACCCUAAAACAAGCACUAGAAUUUAUCGACAAUUAUAUACCUGAAGAAAAUAAACUUGAUUCAACCCAAUCUGACUCCUCAAAUUCUGAAGAAUUCGAAGAUCAAAUUCAUCAAUUAACAACUGACAAUAACACUCUACGCAAAACAAAUACAGAUUUAGUUGUGCAAAAGGAAUUGCUUGAGAAACGCGUUGCAUCUUUACAAUCCGAAGUUUUUAAUUUACAAAAACAGGCAUCAAGUUCAAAUUCAAGUUCAAAGAAAGAAGAAAUCAUGUCUAAUUAUAUAAAUCAGCUGACAGAUCAAAUAAAUACGCAAAUUGAAGAAAUUUCAAAAAUAACGAACCAAAGAAAUUCACUUGUGAAGCUAUUACAACGGCAAAAUCAGAUUAUUGAGAAAAUAUUUGAUACAAAAGUUCCAGUAAUACAAGUUGUACAUAAAGAAGAACCAAAACCAACAGUAAAUGAAAUAAAAUCUGAUGAUAAUCACUUUAUUUUGGCCAAAAUUAGCAAUAACAUAUUAAAAUCUUUACCAUAUUUGUCUACUGAUAUCACAAAGAUUACAGAUCUCUCAAAUAAAUCAGUAAUUGAAAGAAUUUUGUUGAUGAUUUCGACUUUGAUUGAGAAAAUCAAGGAUUCUGAGAAAGAUAAUGACAAAAUCAAUGAAUUGAAUGAAGAAUUGGCCAAAGAAAAGCAGAAAUCAUUUAGAAUUUUAACAGUUUUGGAAGAAGAAAUGAAAUUUUUGAUAACUACAAGCGGAUCUGAAGCAUUGCAGAAGGCCCUUUUCUUUGAGAAACCAUAUACAGGACCAGUCAUGGUUGACAACAGCUGCAGAAAGGAAAUUUUGAGGAGAUCUACAAAUGUUGCAAAAUUUAUUGAGAGAAACAACAUAAAAAUAGACGAAAAUGAGAUAAUUACUGAUGAAACAAUGGAUUAUACUACACAGAUCUUUAAGUUAUUCUCACCUAAAACGCUUCAAGAACAAAUUAAUAAUUUUAUGAUUAGAGAAGAGAAGCCUGAUGACAAUACAAGAGAGUUAUUUUGUCUUUAUACAGCAUCUGUUGUUAUGGGAAACGUUCUUCUUUCGUUUACAACUGAAGAACAACAGAGAAAUGCAAUAAUGAGGAAAGAAAUUCUGAAUUUAAGGGAAGAAAUGGAUAAAAGCGUAUUAGAAUACAACCAGUUAAAGACUUUCAAUAAAUCAGUCAUCAAAUCAAUUUCAAAACUUCCAACUUUUGACAAAAAUUUGACAAUUUCAGAAAAUGUCAGAAAAAUUUCUUUGGUUUAUCAAGAAAAUGAAAUCAAUAAAAGUGAGAUACAAAGUCUCAAAGAAGAGAACGCACAGUCAGCAUUAAAUAUUGCUGAUCUAAAUAAACAAGUUAAAGCUGUUUCAAACGAAAAAGUUGAAAUUGAAAUUUCAUUCCAAAAUAAAUUAAACGAAAUCAAUGAGAAACUAUCGAAUACUGAAACAGAACUGAAAGAAAAGCAGUUACAAGUUCAAGAAUUCUCAAGAAAUGUUGAAAAUCUUGAAAAAGUAAGAGAUACUCAAAAUGAAAUCAUUGAACAGAAAAGAAACAAGCUUGCUGACUUAGAAAUUGAAUUAGAACAACUGAAAGUUGAUCUGACUAACUUAAAUGCUGAUUUAAAGAAAGAAAAAACAGAUAAUGAAAAUUUAUUAAAUGAAAAUAGUGAGAUGAAGCAAAAAAGCGAAUUGCAAAACACUGAUAUUGCUGAACUUAAAACAAAUUUGUUGCAAUUAAAGCUUGAAAACGAAAAAUCUCAAAAAUAUAUUCAAAAUCAAUGUAAAACAUAUUCAAUUGCUACAAAUACUAGUGAAAGCAAUCAGAUGCAGCCUGUUUUUGAUAAACUUAAUGAAUAUGAGCAAGAAUUAUCCCAAAGAUUAGAAACAAUUGUUGAAUUAGAACAAAAAGUGACAAAUUAUCAAAGUGAAGUGAAAUUUUUGAAGGAAAAAGAAGAAGAAUUGAAAGUAAAAAUUGACGAAAAUGAGAAACUGAAAGCUGCUGCAGGUGAAAUAGCGUGUGAAGCAAAGAACGCCAUGCAAUGGAGACUGUGGGCAAAUAGACUUCUUUCUAUCUUUGAUCAAGAUGCACCAAAUGAUAAAGAACUUAGACUAGCAAUUGAGCAGCAUGCUUUGGAGCCAUCUGUUCCUGGAUUAACUAAGCAGAAAAUCCAAAUUUUGAGAUUGCAAAAAAGAAUUUUGUCAUCUCAUGAAAAAUUGAAGUUGAUAAGAUCCAACACUCCUAUGAAAAUGCGAUCUAUUGCUAUUGCUACUCAUUUUUGUACUUAUUUAUCUAAUACUGUAUGUAAUGAAUCAAAAUGA